AUGCAUUUUACCAAUGGAGCACUUCGCAAUCACCGAGUGAUUGUAGUCGGCUUGCUUGGCGGCGGCGAAUCUGCCAGCCCAUCUAAUACACCCGAUUUCCCCUCCCAAAUCGACUAUCGAGAUUGUGUUAGGGCACAGUAUGAGUUGAUCAAAGACCACUUGCAAAUUGAUUUCUUAGAUGUCGUGCUUGGAUUUUCAAUGGCUGGGCAGAAUGCCUAUUAUUGGCUUGCAUUAUAUCCUCAAAUGAUCCACAACGCGAUUAUUAUCUGUUCGGCGGCUAAAACUAGCCUUUAUAACUAUCAACUCCUAGAGGGUCCUAAACAUGCUCUUCUAAGCUCAGUUGAUUAUAACACCUCUUUCCAAUCUCUGGGCACACAACCAAUUCGAGGUCUACAUGCAUUUGCACAGGCAUUCUCUGCCUGCGUAGCUAGUGUAGAGUGGUUUGAGGAGCGAAUGUUUGAGAAAUGUGGUUACAAAACGUUAGGGGACUGGGCUGCCGCUGAGGAAAAAGACCUUGAUGAUUGGCACCCGCACGACCUGCUCGCGAUGCUUGGAAUGUGGCAGCGGGCGGACCUUAGUGCUGUAGUCAGAGGCACCUCGAAUUCGACUCUAUCUAUCGAAGAAUCUCUUUGCACUCUGAACAACAGGGUCCUCCUUAUGCCUUGCCGGACGGAUCAAUAUUUCAGAUGGGAGGCUAGUGAGAGAGAAGCCUCGUAUCUUCAGAAUGGAGAACUGGUGGUGAUACCAUCAAUCUGGGGUCACAUGGCGGGAGGAGGCUCCAACCAGACCGAUGACGAGUGGAUGGAUGACAGGAUCGACAAAUUCCUCAAUCAUGAUGUCUCAGGACCAGCUACGGAUUGA